CUGGCGACGGCCCCUUCUGCUCUCGUCCUCACCUCGAACAAUGCCAACUAUGGACCAGGAGAGGUACGACAGGAUCUGCAAAAGAUUAUGAAGUGGGCGUACGAUGAGGGCAAUCUAUCUCCUGCUGAAGAGGAUGAAGUCAUCGCUGCAGUGCUGUCAGCUUCUGCGAGAUACUUUCCAGAGGUGCCCACCAGGGCAAUGUGCCGCAUCAUGCUGGCCGACAUCAAAGCGGAGAGCGAUUUCCAGCCUAGACUUUCGAGCGCAGGACGGCUGGAUUCAGGAGCGAGCGUAGGUCUGCUCCAAGUCUCUCCCGGGGGCGGAUCGCAAGAGUUGACACUGUGGAAGACGCACGCCAAGGUCAGCGCCAAUACCUUUUCUUGGAAUCGCGAUGCGGGAAAUGGUGCCGGUGCGCUUUUGGAUUGGCAGACGGGCAGUCAAAUGAAGUUGUCUGCACUGAGCAACAGCGAUGUCUUGCGACCCUGGGUAAACAUCCACCUGGCCAUGUGGGUGCAGAGCAACAGUGCUCGUACCUCCUCGCAAGACCCCUACAAUUGGGCGGCAAUCUCUGCAGCCUCUGCCACCUCUUCCAAGGGAAACAGCGCCAAGGUCAACAAGUUGCUUGUGGGGGCCGGUCUUAAUAGGUCUGUCAGGACCGGUCUGGGCACUUGGGUCGCUGGCGCUGCUACAGAUGGUGCUGGAAGCUACAAGCAGAAGGGAGAUGAUAUUUCGGAACAGUACAUCGAUAGCGUGCUGCAAGGCGUCAGCGUCCUGUACGGAAAGACGAUGACAGCAGACUGGUUAGAUCGCUGGGUGCUCAAUGCUGGUCUCGUUGACUAUCGAUAG